UUCAGCUACCUGCCACAAGCAAGGGAGGGAAGGAUGUAGCGUUUCCUGAGAAGUCUCAUUGGCCCAAGACUAAGACCGAACUAGAAGAGCAGCCCACCCAGCUGCUGUCUGAAAUCUUCAGUUCCCUGGAGCCAGAGCUGAGAGGAUUUAUAGAUACCUGCAAUAAAGUCCAACAGUUUAGCUGCCUGCAGGUCCUGGUUACCCUGAAUGACUACAUGUUUGAGAUGCAGGGCUCUUCCGCAGCCACCUCCUCCUCCUUCCUCAAUGUGGGCCUCAGCAACAUCCUGCUCCUGGCCAAGAACAACUUCAACAAGUGCAUUUGUGUCCUGUGCAAAGAAAUCGAGGAAGCGAAGGUACCUAGCAGGGCUAAGGGCGGGAUCCUGCCUUUCGUCAGCCGCUUUGAGGAGUUCGUGAAUUUCUCGGAGGAUGUGUUCAGAUGGGCUCAGCGGAGAGGCGAGCUGGACAAAGCUCACACCAAACUGGUGGGCAGCGUCUUCAGCAGCAUCAAUAGUCUGGCCUCAGCAAACCUGAAGGUCAAUACGGACAUGGUCAUGAUGGAAAACUUCCACCACAUCCACUGCUUUCUGUACCAAAAGAAGAUCCAGUGCUUGGAAAGCAAGAGAAGGGAAGCCAAGCAAAGGUACCGUGAGCACCUGGAGAGAUAUGUCACCAAGUAUCUGGGACAGCCACUGGAGAAACUCAAUCAUUUCUUCGAGGGGGUGAAAGCCCGCGUGGCUCAGGGGGUGAAAGAAGAGGAAGUGAGUUUCCAGCUGGCGUACAGCAAGCAGGAACUGCGGAAGGUGAUAGAAAAGUACCCUGGCAAGGAGGUGAAGAGAGCUCUGGAUACUCUCUACAGGAAGAUUCACAAGUAUCUCUCCCCUGAGGAAAACCUCCUGCCGGUGGUCUGGCGAGCCAUGGAACAGGAGUUCAUACGGCAGUAUCAAGAGUUCGAGAACCUGAUCCAGCGCUGCUACCCAGGGUCAGGGAUCACAAUGGACUUCACCGUGGAGGACUUGCUGAACUAUUUUAUCUCCAUCACUCAGUCCAGCAUGUGAAAGCAAUUCCUGCUGACUAGGCACGUGGUGAGAACAGCUCCCGCUGGUGCCAAAAAAGCUCCAUCAGCAGCCAAGGAGCUGAAAUGACCAUCUGAAAAUUUACUCCGGACUGACAUUUGGCACAAGAGUUCUCAGCCUAGGUUUAACCCAAUAUGGGGGUCUACUGAAUUAAAGGGGAACUUUCACAGUCGUCAGCCUAAAAAUUGACCUUCCCUGAGAGUGGAAGCUUUGGGAUUCCUUUUCCCCCAACAGAUCCAUGCACAGCCAAUAAUAAGCCCAAACUGCUGGGUUUCUGUGACUCUCAUGGUGAGUGCUGUCACCUCCUACAGCAUUGCUUUGUAACAUCCUAUCAGAGUGAGUGGUCAUAGAAAUCUCCUGUCGGAGCAACCCAUGCUCAUUAGAUCCUUUCUGAGCACGCACAUCAGCUUCUUUAUGCCAAGUCGCACAGCAUUGAUCAGAUGGGGAAAGGAAGCAUGAUAUAUUUGCAAUUCUGAACUUAUGAAUUUAUAGGAGGGUCCAAGUCGGGAUGUAAUUUUUGGCCACUUUGACUAUUUCCGGUUAAUCUCUCUUCCACAUUCAACAUAUCUGGUUUUAUA